UGGAAUGUAAAAGGGAGAAGUUAUCGUGAAAGCUAACCACUCCGAGAUCGAGGGUGUAGAAAAAGGACACUCCUCCAAGGGAACGAUAGUAGUAAUAUUUUAUAUCAACCAAUAAUGGAACAUGGCCGGAGCCAAGACCCCAGAGGUUUAGUAGUCAACGAUGGCCAUGCCUAGCCUUUUCCACCAUAUCUGUCUCUUUUGGGGGGAUAGGACGCCGUAUCUUUUCCUUUAUUAAGCAAUAAUAUAAUCUUCGUAUGGCAUACCUGGGGUAGGUCAUGGAUUUAUAAGAUCCUGCAGUCAACGUUUCCUUGUCUGUGAUCUCCUUUGAUCUAUAGCGCCAUUUGCAGAUCCAUGCUCCUUUAAAACCUUAAACAUGGAUUCCUCAGAGAAAGAGGAACUCGUCGAAGAGUCUUUCUCGAGUACUUCCCAACAACCAGCCUGCAAUUCAAACCAAGGCAAUAUUUUCUCAGUCUUUCUUGAGCCCUUUCAAUGGCUACAAAUGCUAUCUUCCCAGCUAAACCCAACUUUCAUUUUUGGCAUAGUCCUCGUCUAUGGCCUCAGCCAAGGCUUCUCCGGCUCUUUCUUCAAAGUAGUCACGGACUACUACUGGAAAGACGUUCAGAAAGUCCAGCCCUCUGUGGUGCAACUUUACAUAGGCCUAUACUACAUUCCAUGGAUUAUGAAACCUGUCUGGGGUCUGUUCACUGAUGUUUUUCCAAUAAAAGGCUAUAGAAGAAGACCAUACUUUGUGGUUGCUGGAGUUGUUGGGGGUGCCUCUGCGUUUAUGGUUGCUCUUUUCGGUAACUUGCCCGCUGCUUUGGCAUUGGGUUGCUUGAUAGGGGUUGCAGCAGGCAUGGCAAUAGCAGAUGUGACAAUUGAUGCGUGUAUUGCAAGUAAUAGCAUUAAGGUCCGAUCUUUGGCUCCGGAUAUGCAAAGCCUUUGUGGAUUUUGCUCCUCUGCCGGGGCUUUAAUUGGUUACUCCACCAGUGGGUUUUUUGUUCACCAUCUCGGAGCUCAGGGAGCUUUAAUUCUUUUGGCAAUCCCACCAGUUUUUAUCACAGUGUUGGGCUUUGUAAUCUAUGAAAUGAGAUCUACCAGCCUUCACUCUGAGAAACACAAGGCAAUGGAAACCUUAGGAGGUGCCCUGAGGGGGAUGUAUCAGACAAUCAAGUUCCCUCAGGUGUGGAAGCCGUCGCUGUACAUGUACCUCUCUUUGGCUCUGAGUAUAAGUACUCAUGAAGGGCAGUUUUAUUGGUACACUGAUCCGAAAGCUGGUCCUGCAUUCUCUCAGGAAUUUGUUGGGGUCAUCUAUGCAAUUGGUGCAAUGGCUUCAAUGGUGGGGGUCCUGAUCUAUCACAAGACACUAAAAGACAUUCCAUUCAGAAACCUACUCUUUUUCGCUCAACUCCUUUAUGGCACAUCUGGGAUGCUAGAUCUGAUCUUCAUCCUUCGAUGGAACUUAGUCCUCGGAAUCCCAGAUUACUUCUUUGUCAUCAUGGAAGAAUGUGUCUCACGAAUUAUCAGCAGAAUAAGGUGGAUUCCUAUGAUUGUAUUAAGCACCAGGCUUUGCCCUCUAGGCAUUGAAGGCACAUUUUUUGCACUGCUAAUGUGCAUUGACAGCCUCGGUUCCCUGACAUCCAAAUGGGCCGGAGGGAUUGUUCUUCACACGUUGCAUGUCACCAGGACUGAUUUUACAAACCUGUGGUUGGUUGUUCUCAUUAGAAACACCCUGAGAUUUGCAACUCUGGGUCUAAUUUUUCUCGUCCCCAAGGCUGAUCAAUCAGAUGCUUUGAUCCCCCCAGAUAUUCUGACAAACAAUUCAACUGUAACAGCAGAUGAUGAGGGCUUGGAACUUGUCUCUAAGAACGAAAUAGAUGAAAUCUAGCUGUGCUUUUACAUGUUUAUAUAAAAUAGAGCCUGGACCGGUAAAGAAUGAACCUGGAUGACACCCCCAGGUUCAUGGUUCUCAAGCUCAACCUGACGAUUGCAUUCAUACUCAGAUGUCAAGAGGGAUCGUUCAGGAUUUUUCCUAUUCCCUUCCUGAGGGUUCACUGCCAAAGUUGAUGGCUGGCUUCCCCAUU